AGGCCAAGUAGCCAGUCAACUCACAGGACCAGGGUCAUUGUUGGACGCCUAAAUGUUACUAUGACUACUGAAACCUUGGUGACCAAACUAAACAGAAAGGAGAGCCUUCUCAGUGGCCUCAGAAACAUCAUGUCUAUAGAUAUGUCUGCGGAAAAAAUGACAAAAUUAGAAGAGGUAUGCAGAGUUGGAAGGAGGGUUGGAAGUUGGAGGAGUUUCCCUUGGUGUGGUUUCCAGAAUUUGCAAAGAGCCGUGGCACUUAAGAAGAUGGUCAACAGGUGGCAGAAUUCACAUACUCACUGUAUGUGGCAGAUGACAAUGAGCCAACGGAGAAACCUGUAUGCUACCCUAAGGAUGCAGGAUACUAUGGAACAGGAAUUAGCACUGUCCAACAAACAGCUGCUGAUGGUCCGUCAAGCUGCCUUACACCAGCUGUUUGAAAAGGAACAUCAGCAGUACCAGCAGGAGCUCAGUCAGAUGGGCAAAGCUUUCUAUGAGGAGAGACUCUGACACCACCUAAACACUGCUCUUCCCUCAUGCUGCCAACCCUUCUGGUCAGCGUGGGAUGUUGCAGUAUUGUAAGGGGAGAGAAUGCACAAUGGUUUGAUUUAACAAAUAAAGCAUACUCUUAAAAGUUGAGAUUUAGACCACAGAAUUUAUUUUCAGCCCCAAGUCUUGAUUUGUUCCUGGCUGCCAUAGUUUUACUUCCUAGAUUCUGAGCACUGCUUUUAUACUGGCUGGUCUUAUCAACUUGACACAAGCUAGAGUCAUCAGAGAGAAAGGAGCCUCAUUUGAAAAAAUGCCUCCAUGAGAUCCAGCUGUAAGGCAUUUUCUCAAUUAGUGAUCAAUAUGGGAGGGUCCAUCCAUGGUGAGUGGUGUCUUGCCUUGCCUGGUGGUCCUGGGUUCUAUAAGAAAGGCUGAGAAAGCCAUGGGAAGCAAGCCAGUAAGAAGCAGCUCUUACCUCCAACUUCCUGCCCUGUUUGAUGACUCCAUUUGUUGAUGAACAGCAUUGUGAAAGUGUAAACUUAAUAAACCCUUUCCAACUUGC